AGCGUCAUUCAAAUGAAUGGAUUCAGAUCCCUGGGAGAUGAAGAAGAAGUGGAAUUUGAGUGCCAAAUUUCCGAAAAGGGUUUAGAAGCGACAAAAGUAACUGGUCCGCAGCGUCUGGACUGCAGAGGGUCCCACAGAAGACCGGUAUCGAAGAAACGCUUCAGAAAAAUAAGAUGCUAUAACUGUGGAGAAUUCGCUAACCAUAUAGCAGCAAAAUGUCAACUUGGUCCUCAGCCGAAACGCUGUCACAAUUGCAAAAGCGAAGACCAUCUGGUUGCUGACUGCCCCACAAGAACUGAUAGAACACCAAAAACUGGCGAGGGGUCCAGAGAUGGACAGUCCACCUCUGCGGAACAAAAUGGCAACGGCGCUUCUACAAGCUCCGCUGGUCCUUCUGGCGCCACCUCGUAGGAAUCUAAGGAAGCUAGUAAAGAAUAGAUGUAAGGAAACUGAGUACCUCUUUGUGUUCAUUGAUUGUAAUUACGUUAGGUGUCGGUAAUAUGUAAAAAUGAGCAGAAACUUUGUUAAGAGGUGCACGAAGGUGUGGAACUGAUUUUUGUAUUUGAGCUAAUUUAUAACCUUCAUUUCCAGUUAUUUCUUUUCUGUUUGCGAUUUGAGACAAACACAAUACAUAAUUCUUGAAUUGAAAGAGUUCUGGGUAUGAACAAGUUUUAUGGAUUGAAAAAAAUCUAAACCAUAUAAAAAUAUAACAAGUUUUUUCAAUUAAGGUGCGAGUUGUUGAGAAAUUCACAAUAAUUUUAGAUCAGUUGUACCGAAGGGCAUCAGGAUCACAUAGUGUUAUUUUGUUUUUUGAAUAAUUUCCACUCUAAAAAUCAAAAUUGAAUUUGAAACUCGAAAUUUCCACUUAUUAAAUCGAAAUUAAUCUGAUAGUAGCACUAGAGAGUAUCUAAAUAUGUUUCUUAUUCAUACUAUGUGGAAUAUUCGAACUCUUGUGGUAAAGAUGAUUAUCAAAGUGAAUUAUAGAAAAAGCAUUCGACUUUGCUUUGCUUCGAUAUUGCUGAAACGCAAUUUUUUCCGAAGGGUGGUUUUUAUUUUGAAUUUACUUUGCGGCUAUUGCCAGAUUAUUGAUUUCCAUAAGUGCAAUUUUUUCACAAAUUUUGAGCAUGGAAUUCGACAGUGACUUUGAAGUUCUCCCACAAUUUCACACUGUAAAAACCCCAUCCAUCAAAGAUUAUCUCAUCGAAUUAACAUAUCGCGCUGUGAAAUAAAGGUCUUAAAUAUAAGUUUCUCCGUUUUUUAUAUACUUUUCAGUUUUUCAUGGAAACUGCAUGAUUUUAGUUUCAGAUUAAGGAUGUAACUAUAUUUGUGAAAACUGAAGUUCGUGAAAAUGUAUUUUUGAAAUGCCAUUUAGUCAUAAGAAAUAUACAGGAAUUUAGUACAACACCAUUAUUUUGAGAGGCGCAAAAUUCAAAAUUUGUAUUGUACAAAGUAUUUCAAAAUUCUGGUUCUCAUUGGUGACCAUAACAUAGAUUCAUGAAUUUUUCGAAUAAUUUUAAUCCACCACUGAGAUUCAGAUCAACAAUUUUGAAAAACUUGGUAUGAUUGUGGCAGAUUAUUUAUUGAGUCAUUGUUUUUUAAAAUAUUUGUUUAUAUUUUUAUUCAAAUUAUCACAACAUUAUUUAUUUUGACGUUUUUAUUGCCAGUUUUUCAUUUUCUAAUUUUAUAACAAAUUUUCAAAAGGAGAUAUUUUGCGUAGAGUGUGGCUAUUAUGCAACAUUCUUUCAAAAUGGCGUCUACUACAACACGGAGUACUUAAUGACACUCACGUUGAAUAAGAAAUACAACAUAUUCAUAAUUUUAGUCAUUAGUUGAAACCAUUUAUUUUUAAUUUGUGUAAGUUAUUAGUUUUAAGCCUCCUGAACUACCUAUCAAAGUAGCAGGUUACAAUAGAACUCGUCUACCUCAUUGUGUACAGUUGAUAUUUUUAAAACGAAUAAUUUGAAUGGUUCCUAUGUGCCACGUUUGUAUUUCUAAGAGUUUCGAAAAAAGUACCUGAUAUAUCAUUGUUUUCAUUCCAUGCCUUAUACUACUGGACUGGCUAUACAGUGCCCUGGUUUUCUUAAUUCCCAUGUGAGUUUAAAGUUAUUACCUGAAUACACCAUAAAGUACCAAUAAUUUACCAUUUGAUGAAUUUCAAUUUUUUUUCUUUUCAGGAAUACUUUAUGAAAUAUAUUUUUUUUACAUUUCAGUAAAUUUUUCUUGCGCAAUAAGCCAUUACGCAAGGUUAAAUGAAAUAGUAUAUUUUGAAUAGUCACAAGUAAUUAUUUUUCAUUUUACUAUAGGAUUAAGUUGAAGUCAUUAUUUUGUUGAAAUAUGAACAAAAUUACGGUAAUUUACGGUAAGUUAAUUCAUGAUUGAAAAUUUAUGAUUAUUUUACAUAUUCCAAGAUGUUAAAUCUUAUAUUGAAUCUCAUUCUUUCAAUCAACUCAACACCCCAUGUAAAAUUGAUUUGAUAAAGUGGCACUGUGUAACUAGUUUGUUAAUAUUAUUUAGUUGUGAGAAUCCACACAGGUCUCAGUAGAUUCAUUUCGAAUAUCUGCGAAUGUUAUGAAUAUAUAAACAUUCAUAUCGAAGACAUUAUCAUGUAUAACAAAAUAGACUGAUUUUUUCUGCUCAGGGAAUUAUAUAAGCAUUGUUUCUGAACCAAAUACUUAGUUGUAUUAUCCCAGAAAUACGUAAU